GCACUUGGGGGCACCAUGGUGGUGACACUGGGAUACUGGGACAUCCGGGGGCUGGCCCACGCCAUCCGCCUGUUGCUGGAGUACACGGAGACCUACCAAGAGCGCCAGUACUGCGCUGGCCCAGCCCCCGAUUUCGACCCGAGCGAUUGGACCAACGAGAAGGAGAAACUGGGGCUCGACUUCCCCAACCUGCCGUAUCUCAUCGACGGCCCCACCAAGCUGACCCAGAGCAACGCGAUCCUGCGCUACCUCGCCCGCAAGCACGACCUGUGCGGGCAGACGGAGCAGGAGAAGCAGCGCGUGGAUCUGAUGGAAAACCAGGUCAUGGAUUUCAGGAUGGGCUUCAUCCGGCUCUGCUACAGCCCCGACUUCGAGAAGCUGAAGCCAGGGUACCUGGAGCAGCUUCCCAAGAAGCUCCAGGAGUUCUCGCGCUUCCUGGGCUCCCGGCCCUGGUUUGCGUGGGACAAGCUGACCUUCGUGGACUUCCUGGCCUACGAUGUGCUGGACCAGCACCGCAUGUUUGUGCCCGACAGCCCCGAAUUCCAGGGAAACCUGGGCCGCUUCCUGCAGCGCUUCGAGGCCCUGCCCAAGGUCUCCUCCUACAUGAGCUCCGGUCGCUUCAUGAAGACACCCAUUUUCUGGGCGCCGGCCAAGUGGUGCAGCACCAAGGACUGAGGGGGGACCCCCCCGUGCCCCCAGCUCACCCCCCUGCCCCCCAACUCACCCUCGUGCCCCCCAGCUCACCCCCCCAGUAAACCGUGGGGGCCUCCCCCUUGUCCAGCUGA